AGAUACAGUACUAGGCCGGCGUCGUGAUUGACUUGUACCAUAUUAUGGGUAUGCGUUCUCUAAGGUCUAUAUCGAGAGUAGUACGCCGGAUGAUGCGCAUCUUGAUGGCGCCGAUAUAUAAUCAGAACGAAGUCUCUCCUGUUUAUCAAGACGAAAGAUACUGUCUUAUAGCAACGGUCACAAUUUUCUCCGUAUUGAGAUGAUCGUUGCAUUCAGGUACUCUGCCCUCGAAUACCCAGCUAUACCCUGUACCAUGACAACCAGCACCUGCUGGUAAUUCUAUUCUGUGGUUCGAGG